GUUCAAAGUCGUUUGAGAAUAGUCAGUCAUGGCACGUACCAAGCAGACCGCUCGUAAGAGUACUGGAGGUAAAGCCCCCAGGAAACAACUGGCUACUAAGGCCGCUCGUAAGAGCGCCCCAGCCACUGGAGGUGUUAAGAAGCCCCAUCGUUACAGGCCCGGAACUGUUGCUUUGAGAGAAAUCCGUCGUUAUCAAAAAUCCACUGAGCUCUUGAUCCGAAAAUUGCCAUUCCAGCGUUUGGUUAGAGAAAUCGCUCAGGACUUCAAAACUGAUCUCCGAUUCCAGAGUUCUGCUGUUAUGGCUCUCCAGGAAGCUAGCGAAGCUUAUUUAGUAGGCUUGUUCGAAGAUACUAACUUGUGCGCUAUCCACGCCAAGAGAGUAACUAUCAUGCCUAAGGACAUUCAGCUCGCUAGACGAAUUAGGGGUGAACGUCAAGACAGCUUGAAUGUUAGGCAAUACACCACCCUGAGCAAUAGUUACUCCGGAAAGGAGUUUGUUCAACUCCUCGUCGUUUCGGAUGUCAUGUCUGGUCGAGGUAAAGGAGGCAAGGGUCUUGGAAAGGGGGGUGCCAAAAGGCAUCGUAAAGUUCUUCGUGAUAACAUCCAGGGUAUUACAAAACCCGCAAUCAGGCGUUUAGCUAGACGUGGCGGAGUCAAACGUAUUUCUGGUUUGAUUUACGAAGAGACUCGAGGUGUGCUCAAAGUUUUCUUGGAAAAUGUCAUUCGAGAUGCUGUCACCUACACCGAGCAUGCUAAAAGGAAAACUGUCACUGCUAUGGAUGUUGUGUAUGCCCUAAAGAGGCAAGGACGUACCUUGUACGGUUUCGGAGGUUAAGCAAAAGUUCA